AUGCCUCGGGUGGUUGGGUGGAUUCCUCCUCCAGUGCUGAGAUACAAGGUCAAUGUGGAUGGAGCGGUUUUCUUAGCUCAAAAAUCUACUGGUGUUGGGGUGCUGAUUUGGGAUUCCUAUGGACAGGUCAUUGCUACUUUGGGCAAGAAAAUCAAUGCUUUUUUGGGGGCAAUGGAAGUGGAAGGGAAGGCGUUUGAUGCUGGUCUGGAGUUUGCUCGGGACGUUGGUGUUCAAGACUACAUCCUUGAGGGUGACUUAGUGGGGAUUUUUAACGGUUUCCGUGGUUUCUCUACACCACCAUCCUUAAUAGCUUCUAUAGUUAGGGGUAUGGAAGUGAAGAGGAUGGAAGUAAACUACCUGCAGUAUCAUUCAAUCCAGAUGGCCUACCGUGUUGCUCAACGGCUUAUAUGUUUGAAGUACUCCGGCCAAGAUGAGAAUUCAAUUUGA